AUGGCAGCAGGCAUUGGUGAAUGGCAUCCUGAUUUUGCACCACGGACCUAUGAACCCUUGCUGCCCAGAGAAUCAGAAGGAGAAGGAGCAGAAGAACUAGGUCAUGAAGCAACACCAGAGACUCGAAUGUGGCCACAAGAUGGAGAGUCUGAACCAGAAGCUGAAGGAGAAGGUCAAACUGACAAUGGAAACAACCCAUUUGGAGGAGAGAUCACCUGGGUUGGAAGUUGGGUGACUGAUUGGGAUCCAGGACUUCGACGACUACAAGAAUACCGGUUGUUGGCAAGUUCUGAUGACGCAGAAAGUGGUGAAGAAUACUUCAUCAGCAAUCCCCUUGGAGGAUAUCAAAGGAGGUACAAGCCAUCGACCUCCGAACGAGAUGAAGCAAGCCCUAUGGAAGUGGACAUUGAUGAACAACUUGCCCAAAGUGCCCGAAGAACUGAUGCCAGAGCCAGAGAACUGGCCGAGAUGCCCUAUGAGGAGUUUCCACCGGUUGAUGCUGCCUGGUGGGACUAUGAGGCUUUGAUUGCAUGGCUGAAGCCGGAAGAGAAGCCAAGAGCAAGGAAACUGAAAGAAACUGGGAUUUUCCCCAACAACCAGCUGAAGGAGUUCCUACGAACCCGCUUGACCUCUCUUUACGGCAAGCGGUACUACCACAUGGUGUUUGAUCACAUCAUGGGGCGGACCCAAGAAGAGCAGCGGGACUUCGCUGCAUUCAGCGUGGCGGUCCUUUCGAGCCAAUGGGAGGACGACUUUGAAGGCCGAACCCGCCGCUACGUGGAAAGCGGUGAA